AAGUUGUCUCUCAUACAAUAAAUUGCAGGCGAUUAGCGCUAAGAGCGAGUAUGUGAGCGGGGGAAGUAAACCCCCACACUGAUAUUCUAUUUGAUGACUUUCCAACGGGCUACCUUUUCACCGCACCUCACCCAUCAUCUUUUCAGCAUUCAAGAUUGCUCUAUCAUGGAGCACAUGCGGUAGAUUGUCGCAAUUAAAAAAGUAAGGCCAUCACCUACACCAAAGAUGCAGGCACGAUUACAGACGCCUGAAGAGAUCGUUGCCAUUCGUGCGCUUUCCAACGAACAAGGAAGUUCUUCUUCACAGCAGUGGUUGUUCGAAUCAUGUGCAACAUUACCAGAUCUAGCAAUGGGACGAACAUUUGGAGGCAGUAGUAUAGCAUUAGGCGUUCAUGCAGCUUACCAUACAUUACCAAAGGAAGCUACCGGAUUACGAUUGUACAGUGUGAUGGGAAACUUUUUGGGACCAGGUCAAGCAGAUAAAAUUGCUCGAAUUCGGGUAACGAACAUUCGAUCAACACGUACAUUUGCAACACGUCAAAUCAUCAUCUCUCAAACAUCAACAAAAGAUGAAUGCAUUUGGCAAGAUAACUUUGUAAUGUUGAUCGAUUUCGUUGCACAAAAGGGGAAAGAUGAACAAGAGAAGAGGGAAAGGAACAUCGUAUCUUACUCUGUUCAGCCACCUCUCACACAAAUUGCACAUCAUUCUGAGUUGUGUGAUGUAAAAGAACACAUGAAGAAGGAAAUAGAUAGUGGGAAAACGGCUCAACAAGCGUACGAUGCAAUGGAGGCAUGCUUCAAUCUGCUAGACGGGUGGGAUAAUCGUUAUUGUCCUGAAGGUAUGUUUGCACAGCAUACUUUUGCUACUCAAGUCGAUCGUACAUCCAACCAGGCGAAUCGACCAAUUCACGAAAGAAGAACUUGGGAUUGGGCACGAUUCCGUAAGCCUAUGCCAAUUCAGGAGUUUCCCACUUCAGAUGGUAUUCUACUGCCUCCUACAGCAAUCGCCUGUUCGGCUAUUCUUUUGUGUCAUUAUUUGGACACUUGGACUUCAGUAAUCGUACCUUGGCUUGCAGAAAUUGAUUGGUCAGAGAUGGAAUCAUAUUCAACUCUAGAUUUUGCCAUUCGAUUUCACGUUGACGAUCUUGAUGCUACUCAAUGGCAUUUACGUGAGAGUAAAUCCACAACGGCAAACAAUCAAAGAAAUUAUGUAGAAGAACAACUUUGGCAAGAGAAGCCAGGUCAAGAUUUCACGUUAGUGGCUACAGUGACCGAAUCAUGCAUCUUGCGUGGAGUCAGACAGAGGAAAGAAAAAGGAAAGCUUUGAUAUUCAGAGUUUUCACAUUUUAAGAUGCUUUGGAUCUGAUCCACACUACCUCUUCCAUGCUUACAAUUUAUUAUCAUAGAUCUUUGACACUUGGGAAAAAGGUUACAGGUUCAUUAAGUGGUCGGAU